UCUUCGGGUGCUGCGGCUGUGGUGAAUGAGAUUGAAGAAGAGUUCUUGUUUUGUAUCUCAGUUUCUCUCUUUUUUACACACACAAAUUAAAAUUAAACAAACAAAAAAUAAGCUCGGUAACCUAGAUAAAUUCGGCCCAGAGCACCGCUACAGCUAUGUGAGGGAUCGGAUCGAACCGAGAUCUCGGAGUGUUUGUAAAUAUUUAUUUAAAUAAUUUGUGGGGAGAGAGAGGCACUACUGCUCAAGUGAGUAGAGGAGGGGAGUUGGAGAGAGCGCGUGAACACCAGUCUCAGUGCCAGCUGACAGGCUGAAAGUUUCCUGGGACUCUCUUUCUGGCGAACUGGAUCAAUUAUGGAAUUGCAAACAUUACAGGAGGCCCUGAAAGUGGAAAUACAAGUCCAUCAGAAACUUGUCGCCCAAAUGAAACAGGAUCCACAGAAUGCAGACCUGAAGAAACAACUUCACGAGCUCCAGGCAAAAAUCACGGCUCUGAGUGAGAAACAGAAAAAAGUGGUGGAGCAGUUGAGGAAGGAGCUGCUGGUUAAACAGGAGCCUGACUUGAAGGCACAGACGCUCACAGCAACCGCAGACGGUAAAACCUUGCUGCUGACGCCCACCUGUCCCUCUUCACAGCCGCCCACAGGGCCUCCACACAACCAGGGGGCGCCACAGAAGACUCUCACCGUGACGCCGGUCAUAACUGCAAAGACUCUACCUCUCGUGCUGAAAGCUGCCACCUCCACCAUGCCUGCUUCCAUGGCAACACAACGCCCCACAGUCGCCAUGGUCACUGCCAUCAGCAACCCCCCGAGACCCGGCACCAAUUCCGACUCCCAGAGCACACCAAUCAACCUUCAGGUGGCCAGCAAGCUACCCAAUCAGGACACAGAUGCCGGCACACGGAUUGUGUCCAAGAAUGUUAUUGUCGUGCAGGCCACCACCACCUCUGCCCAGCCUAUCAAAGUUCCCCAGUUUGUCCCUCCUCCUAGAUUGACGCCUCGACCCACCUUUCAGCCACAGGUUCGACCAAAACCCCCCAUGCCCAUCAAUGUGCCCAUCGCUCCAGCUCCUCCCCCUCCCAUGGUGGCGGCUCCUCUAAUUCAGCGGCCCCUGAUGCUCACCACCAAGCUGACGUCAUCUUUGCCUGCCUCUGCUGGGCCCAUUCACCAGGUGCACAUUGUGAACGGGCAGCAGUGUGCCACUAUUGACAAGACCACGACUACAGUCACGAGUGGCACCACACAAGUCACGGGCAUUGUCAUCAGUCCUGCCCAGACACUUCAGAUCAGCAACCUUAACUCAGACUUGAAGACUGUGAAGCAACAGGGAGGACCAGAACAGGUGGCCACAAGUACACCACCCUCACCCUCUCCUCCUCUUCCUCAUCCUCCAGCUAAGGUCAAGCGAGAAGAGAGCCCACAGAAACUUGCCUUUAUGGUGUCUCUUGGGUUGGUCACACACGACCAUCUUGAAGAGAUUCAGAGUAGAAGACAAGAACGUAAAAGGAGAACAACAGCCAACCCAGUGUAUAGUGGAGCAGUGUUUGAACCUGAGAGGAAAAAAAGUGCUGUCACUUACUUGAACACUCCACUGCAUCAAGGCACCAGGAAGAGAGGUCGCCCUCCCAAAUACAGCACCACCACCACCACCACCACCACCACCACCAGCAGCACAGCGGUGCCGGAGCUGGGCUGCAACCCCCUGCUCUCCCCCACCAGCAGCCUUCCCGCCUCCCCAGCCCCUGAGCGGCCUGACACGGGGGUCUUUCCCCUCUCUGUCCACCCUCAUUCUGUCCCCCAGCCCAGCCCCAGCUCCGGGGAUGGAGACAUCCAUGAGGAUUUCUGCACUGUGUGCAGACGCAGUGGACAGUUGCUCAUGUGUGACACAUGUUCGCGCGUCUACCACCUCGACUGCUUGGACCCACCCCUCAAAAACAUUCCCAAAGGCAUGUGGAUCUGUCCUAAAUGUCAAGACCAGAUUCUGAAGAAAGAAGAGGCCAUUCCAUGGCCAGGGACCCUAGCAAUUGUCCAUUCCUACAUUGCUUACAAAGAAGCAAAAGAAGAAGAGAAGCAGAAGUUAAUGAAAUGGAGUGCUGAACUGAAGCUGGAACGAGAACAACUAGAACAGAGAGUGAAACAGCUCAGCAACUCUAUAACAAAAUGUAUGGAAACCAAGAAUAGCAUACUUGCCCGUCAGAAAGAGAUGCAGGUCUCUCUGGACAAGGUAAAACACCUGGUCCGCCUCAUCCAGAGCUUUAACUUGAUUCAGCCCAUGGAGACGGACAUCCUACAGGAUUUCAAACAGGACUGCACAGAGUCAGGGAGCAUCAAAGAUUUAAAGGACGCUACACAAGUGUGUGUUCAGGAGAGUCCCACCGAGCCUAGCGUGCAAGUACCAGCAGCCGUAGCAGUUCCCGAAGUGAAGGCAGAGCCAGAGGUGGGUGAAAUGGCAGAGCCAGCAGCCGCAGUUAUACCUGAUGCUACAUCAGGUGAAUCGGGAGUUAGUCCCCCGGAAGUGCCGAAAACCACAGUUGACGAGGAGAUGAUGGAUACAGCGAAAACGCCAGAGCCUGUGGAAUUGCCUCAGGCCAGGGAUGUAAAAACUAAUGGAGGAGUGGACUGUGUUUGUACCGGCUUGAACCCGGAAGAAGAGGAGGGUUCUGUAAAUGUCACAGAAUCUGUGGGCUCAGAGAACAUCCCUCCCAGUGACAGCAGUUGUGUAGAAGAUGCUGGGAAGAUGGAAGUGGAGCUGCAGGAAGAUGGAAGUCAUGGCGUCAACACCAACAACGGCAAAACCUCAGAACCUUCUCAGCAGGCUUUGCCAGCCCCUCUAAGCAGCGUGGAUAACCCCAAAUAGUUCUCAGUCUCACACUAAACACAUCACCAAAACAUUUAAACAGAUUUCCUAUUGCACCUUGAACUGGUGCACAAAGUUGCCAAUCUAUACAUAUAUAUAUUAUACAUAUA